AUGAGCAGUGAAAUAGCCAUCAGUACAAUUGAAACAGUUAAAAAGAAGCUUGAAAAAUACCAUUCUGCGAAACAAAGUGAUAAAGUUAACGAAUAUCUGUGUAAAUUGCUUAAUACAACGAUUACUCCUGCGUUACUACGCGAGACGAAAAUAGAUGUGCUUGUUGAUAAACUUGCAUCGAACAAACAGGCUAGUUAUCAUUCGGCAGCACAGAGUCUUCUUAAAAAAUGGCAAGAAAAGAAUCUACCACCAAAAAUGAUGAAUAACUCCAAAGUUAAAACAAUAACAAAUACAAACAGACCAGCUGUUGAAAAGAAGUUUUCUUUUAAACGAAAAUCUAAUGACGAUGAAACAAUACAUUUGAAUCAAUUAAGUGAAUCUCAGUCAUCUGAUGAAUUUAAAAAUGGUGACCGAGAUCAAUUAUCAAGUAAAAAACGUAGAGUUCUUUCUCUUGCUGAAUAUGUUAGUAGUAAAAAAUCAAUACCAACUACUUCAUCCAUGGUCGAUUCAGCACCAAAUCUAUUUACUGACACUCAAAUCGAAAAAAUCUAUGCUGAAUUUAAUGCUAAAAAUAGCGAAUUGGCUGCUAGCGCGCCUGAUCUUGCAACGAAUGUGAAUAAGAAAUUAAAACAAGUUGAUCCAAUAAGUAACAAUCGAAAUGAUUUCAUUGCUACUAGUCAAAAUUUAAAAACAAUAAAUGAACAACCAAAAACCAAAUAUAAUGAUAUUUGGGCAGAAGAUGAGGAUGAUGACGAUGAGGAUGAAGAUAAAGACGUUGGCGAUGCCAAUAUUCAUCAUAAACAGGAAAUUACUAAACCAUCUCUGCCUGUUCAAGACAAACCAAUAGCGAAGCACAAUAAUGUUAACACUCAAAAGGCGAAAAUACCAUCAACGACUUCGAAAAUAAAAAUAGAAAAUAAUAAUUUAAUGGCCGCAGCGAUUGCAUCAAGUCUUACAUCUGUAGACUAUCAACUAACGUCAUCUGAUUUAACAAAAUCACAACCAGUUGCCAUUUCAAAAAAGCCUUUUGAAUCUUAUAAUUUCCUUCGUGCAAAACCAGGACGUAUCGCUAUUUACUCUGGUAAACGCAUUACGGGUAUGAAUAUUCCAUCACUUCAAGAUCUUUGUAUUGAAACACUUAAAGAACAUAUACAGGAUGCAUGUCAUACACAUUUUUGUCGACUACCUUAUGAUAUGGUCAAACCAAUUCUUACUGUCGCAACACCUGAACAGCUACAUGCUAUUAUUGAUAAUAACCCAGAUUAUGCUGAUGAUGUUGAACCGUUAUGGCAACAUUUUUGUGCACUACAUUUUAAAGAUGCUAAACGAGAAGAAUAUGAAACUUAUUAUGAACUUUAUUUGCGUAAACAUACUGAAAACGAAGCACGACUACAACGAAUCACAGAACUUGCAAAGAGAAAAAAAGCUGAAACAAUUGACACUGCACGUCAUACAAAACCACUUAAUAUACGCGAACCCAUCAAUCGUCAUAGUAUAAAUUCAAAUAAAGUAACUCGACAAGUUCUUAAUCUUCCGUCAUCAAAAUCUCAUCGAGGACAAACGAAAGUUAAAAAACCAGCAAUCCCACCAUUGCUGAAAAAAGCUCUUAAAGUCUAUAAUGGAAAAAAUUAA